GAGCACUGACAGUGUAAAGUGCAAACAAAGAAGAACUUUUAUCCCCAUUCCAUCUGUUUCAUUAGGAACUUGUGAUUAAACGUUCGGAGAAAGGAAAUCACUUGCUCAAUUAGUUCUAAGUGCCAUUACGUCAUAGGUGUGUAGUUCUCAUAAACCUCAUGCUCGUGUUCUUAAGGAGACUGUCAGUCUGGCUUAUGUUGAUCCAGUGUCUACCAACUGCAACCCACCAUUUCACAGAGACGAGCCCUGAAGCUGUAAAACAGUACAGACAGUUGCACCACAGCAGCAACGAGUCUCAUGAUCUUUCUGUUAACUGAAAACAGAACUUUAAGUCUGGCACAGGGUUGCAGUGCUAUAUUCCUUUCAGGUUUAUUAAAGGUAUUGCAUGCAAAUAAUUUUGUCAGAAAACAAUGCUUUUGGAUCUGUAACAACAUGGAAGAGAGCUUUUCACGAGUUUGUUUGCUGCUGCAGAAAUCUUUGUGACUAUUUUAAGGAACAGUACAAAUAUUUGGAAACUUUUCAUCUGACUUUGAAACUUCAUCGCAACACGCACACAGGAAAAGGAAUCAGAAUUAUCUCUUUGGAGACAAGAGUUCCUUUCAGCAUUCUUUAAGUCAACAUGAAUUCAUUCAGCUGGACUUUGUGUCUGUUGUUAAUUAGUUUCAUGCCUACAGGAGGCAAGAGGGAACAACGUCAAGCCAGAAACAACAUUGCAGUACAUUCUGUUGUUCAUAACCGCUACAGACGUUCACCUAAUAGCAGCAACAAAUGUUCCUACACUUUCUUGGUCCCAGAUCAAAGGAUAACUGGUCCAAUCUGUGUCAGUUCAAAGGGGCCAGAAAGAAAUUAUAAUGGAAUAACUAGAAUGGAUGUGGAGGACUUAAAGGACAUUAUGUCCAAACAGAAACGGCAAAUUGAAAACCUUCAACUCUUAGUGGAGGUGGAUGGCGGCGUUGUAAAUGAGGUAAAAUUGCUACGAAAGGAGAGUCGGAAUAUGAAUUCACGUGUAACACAGCUUUAUAUGCAGCUCCUCCAUGAGAUUAUUCGCAAAAGGGACAACUCACUGGAAAUUUCACAGCUGGAGAACAAAGUUCUUAAUUCCACAGCUGAAAUUCUGCAAAUGGCCACCAAGUAUAGACAACUGGAACAAAAGUAUGCAGUACUGUCUACUCUUGUUAACAAUCAGUCUGUAGUCAUAACUAAAUUGGAACAGGAAUGCAUUCGUAGCCUUACUCCAAGAGAAUAUGAACCACCACCCCUUGUACAAGUUGUACCACAGUCCAUACCACGUAGCAGGCAUUACCAAAGCAAUUUGUUUGGUAGUAAUGAAAUACAAAGAGAUCAAAAUCCUGCAUUUACACGAGAACGGGGGCUUCGCUCCAGAGCACCCUUGCAUGAACCUUCUCCUACAACUGCCAGUUCUUUGGAAUCAUCAGUUACUGAAGAGCCCGAUGGUCCAUGGAAGGACUGCUACCAUGUUCGACAGACUGGAUAUGCAAACAGUGGCAUGUAUUUAAUCAAACCAGAAGGCACAGAGAAACUAAUCCAAGUCUGGUGUGACCAUAGCCAUGAUCAGGGGGGCUGGACAGUCAUCCAGCGUAGGGUCGAUGGGGCAGUCAAUUUUUUCAGGAACUGGGAUAACUACAAGAGAGGAUUUGGCAACAUCGAUGGAGAGCACUGGCUUGGAUUAGAGAAUAUUUACAGGCUCACUGCACAAGGAAACUACAAGCUAUACAUUAAACUGGAAGACUGGAAUGAUAAGAUAGUCUAUGCUGAGUACACUGACUUCAGAACAGAGGACGAAGAUGAUAACUAUAGGUUACGCAUUGGCAGCUAUCAAGGGAAUGCAGGAGACUCUUUAGCGUGGCACAAUGGCAAACAGUUUACAACACUCGACAGAGACAAAGAUUCAUACUCAGGUAACUGUGCCCACUUCCAUAAAGGUGGUUGGUGGUACAAUGCCUGUGCUCACUGUAAUUUGAAUGGAGUAUGGUAUCGUGGAGGUCAUUAUCGCAGCAAGUAUCAGGAUGGAAUUUACUGGGCUGAAUUUCGGGGAGGCUCCUACUCUCUUAAAAGUGUAGUAAUGAUGGUCAAACCCGAAUAACACACUGGUAAAUAAGUCACAUGUCCCCAAUGAAUACAUUUAAUAAAAAUAAAAGUAUAGGUUGUUUCAAAUAUAGGUGCUUUGUUAAAAAAGCAUUGUUUUACAAUGUUAACAGAACAUUUAAUUUGUUACCUACAUAAAUGGAUUUAUUACCUAAUAAGAUACUACAAAAGCAAGGAUCUUUAAAGUGUAUUGCGCAUCUGUGUUCAAUGAACUAUUUGCACUAUAGAGGAAAUACGACUUUUCUGAUACAGGACAGCAUUACACAUGUGCCAUGAAUUUAAGCAGAUUACUUUGUAAUCCAAUAAAACCACAAUGUUAUAACUAAUCUUUAGAUUAUAUUAAUACUAUAUUUUAUUGAAAGACUAUCGCUUGUUUAAUAAUCUGCUGUCAAACACAUCAACUUUAUUCCAAUAACAUCUACAGAAUCCUCACUAUUUUUAGCAAUGCUAAAAACAAUGAAAGGCAUUGUUGAAAUAUAUACUUCACAAUGCCUUUCAUGUACAAAGGUUAUUUUCAACAGAAUUUUGGGGAACAAUUAUCUCCACAGAUUAUGAAUGCUAAUCCUUCUGAAUUAGAUGAAAAAUAAUUAAACUAGGGUUUAAAACAAUGUCCCAUGUAACCUUAUAAACUUUGCAAUUUGAAAUGCUGACCAUUGUUAAAUAUAGAAUACUCACAAGAAGAAAUGUUUACAUCAUAUUUGAGUAUUUGUUGGAGCAGCAAUUUUUCCUUACAAUGAAAAUAUAUUGAAAUCUUGUAGGUGUUAUUUAUCCUGAAAGCAGUCAGGUGGCCAUAAUUAACCAGAGACAAAUAAAAUGGUUGAACUACAGAGAAAACUAUCAUAAUUUUACCAAAUACUCAAUUCACCUGAAAUGCUACAAACAAUGUGUUCAUGAUGACCAUCACUGAACUAGAAAAUUACACCAGUAUAUUAGAAUACCAUGAACAUCUAAUCAGGAAAGGUAGGAAUAAACUCUCUCUCUUCAGGAAUAAAGUAACAUACUUACUCAUUAAAAAUGAGUAAUUUCUUGAAAAUAAUUUUAUUGCACUUGUACUUGAUCAACACCUAGUGACUAAUCACUGUUUUCCAUAGCUGGGCUGUGGUGUGGAGACCAUAUCCCAUGAGAGGCCUGCAAUGAAAAGUUUGCUUUUUAUAAGAAGUUUUCCAAAAUACCAGGUUGUUUGUAAUACUAGGGUUUCCCCAUAAUAGCUGAUAACUGAACAAUAUGGUAAUUUAUGAAUUAUGUUAUGUUAUUGUUGGUUUGUUCACACAGCUGAACCAAAAUUCCCAAAGUAUUAUAGGACAAAACUUGUAUCACUUGAAGAAUGUACAACAGCUAUAUAUUAACACCACACAAAAAUAUUUCCACUAAAUCACAUUAUACAUCUAUUAGAUUUAUUUACCUGGGUUACAAGAAGGCACAAUAAAGAAUCUUUUACAAUGAACAAUUUAUUUAUUUGUCUGAACUAAGCUUUGUUAAAUUUCAACUAUUAAUCGUUGAUGAAAUAUCACUACUUAUUUAAUCUGUAGUUAGUCAAAACAUGUUAGUUCAGUCAAACCAUCCUUACAUAUUUGCAGUCGGGUAGCUGUAUGCAAAUUAAUGUCCAGUGACUUUUUGUCUAUUUAUUACAAAUUAUUGAUUGAAAUUUAGUGAAAUAUUCAAAUCCACAAAUUUUUUGACUUGUGGUAGCAUGCAAGCUAGACAUUAUAAGAUAAUCACUCAUAAAUCCAGUAAAAAAAAAUGCACUAGACAUGACUUAAAAUGUGAAAGCUCCAUCAUUAGAAGAAACUUGGAGUUCUUAGCAAACACAAUUAUGGGGAAGCUAAAUAAGAUACAAACAAAAUUAAUGAAAAGAUAUGCUUGUGAUGUAGGUGGCAGAAAAAUAGGAAACCUGUGAGGAACUCAUGCUGUUUUAGAAAGACUCUGUUCCCUUUGUAAAUUCUCAAAAAUACCAUACAAUUUUAAAUGAUGAAAGAUUAUCAUUUAAAGGAGAACAUACUUAGAUCUGUCAAGGGUGACAAUGAAAUUCAGUUAAAUUGUACAAUACAACCAAAUAUAGGGGAGGAAAUAUAUUAACAAAACUGGGUUGUAGAAUUUUAAGAAUUGGUUCUAGUCAAAAAUGGUUGCUUAACUAUGUCAAUUAAGGGGAAAAAAAUCAGAUGUUAAUACAAGAUUAAUGAGAACACUUGUAAAUAUACAAUCUUAAGUUUCCGGUAAAAUUGUCUGGUUUUCUUACUGAGAUUCAAAUUCCAAAAGCGAGUAUAAGACAUUAAUAAAAUAUUAGAUAGACUGCAAUUUCUUACUCAAACUUGCUAAUAUCUUAAUUUUUCAUUACAUCAUUUCUUUUUUUUCACAUUAUCCUCCAAAAUCCUUGAACAUGGUAUCAAUUCCAAAAUUGCAAACCUUGCACCAAAUUCCUUGCUUGAAUCACUCUGUGAAUUUCCAACCCUCGACAUUCCAAUUCCUUUAAUUAAUUCUGUCUCUAAUGUAGUGUUCCAAGUCAUUUUCUCUCUACAUAAAACGAUUUUCCUCAUGUCUUUUGCACAGUUUGUCUCCAUGCUGCUUGCUGUGAUAGGAACAUCUUUCUUCUAUGUAACCAGUUCAAGCCCACCAUAAUCUUACAGACAUCUGUUAAAUCCUUUCUCAACCUUCCUUGUUUUGAAGGAAACAAUUUCUGAUGACACAAAGGUUGGGGGUGUUGUGGAUAAUGUGGAGGGCUGUCAGAGGUUACAGUGGGACAUUGAUAGGAUGCAAAACUGGGCUGAGAAGUAACAGAUGGAGUUCAAUCCAGAUAAAUGUGAGGUGGUGCAUUUUGGUAGGUCAAAUAUGAUGGCAGAAUAUAGCAUUAAUGGUAAGACCACUGGCAGUGUGGAGGAUCAGAGGGAUCUUGGGAUCUGAGUCCAUAGGACACUCAAAGCUGCUACACAGGUUGACUCUGUGGUUAAGAAGGCAUAUGGUGCAUUGGCCUUCAUCAACCGUGGGAUUGAGUUUAAGUGCCAAGGGGUAAUGUUGCAGCUAUUUAGGACCCUGGUCAGACCCCACUUGGAAUAUUGUGCUCAAUUCUGGUCGCCUCACUACAGGAAGGAUGUGGAAACCAUAGAAAGGGUGCAGACGAGAUUUACAAGGAUGUUGCCUGGAUUGGGGAGCAUGCCUUAUGAGAAUAGUUGAGUGAAUGUGGCCUUUUCUCCUUGGAGCAACUGAGGAUGAGGGGUGACCUGAUAGAGAUGUACAAGAUAAUGAGAGGCAUUGAUCAUGUGGAUAGUCAGAGGCUUUUUACCAGGGCUGAAAUGGCUAGCACAAGAGGGCAUAGUUUUAAGAUGCUUGUAAGUAGGUACAGAAGAGAUGUCAGGGAUAAUUUUUUUUUUUACGCAGAGUGGUGAGUGUGUGGAAUGGGCUGCCGGCGGUGGCGGUGGAGGUAGAAACAAUAGGGUCUUUUAAAAGACUUUUGAAUAGGUACAUGGAGCUUAGAAAAAUAGAGGGCUGUGGGUAAACCUAGGUAGUUCUAAGGUAAGGACAUGAUUGGCACAGCUUUGUGGGUCGAAGGGCUUGUACUGUGCUGUAGGUUUUCUAUGUUUCUUUAAUCUCACACUGUAUCUGAAAUAUCCCAAACUCGAAUCCCUUCUUGUAAAUUUCUCCCAUAGAUCAGGUCAAAGAAUAAAGUUUUAUAUUCUUUGAAUAUAAUGAUAAUACGUGAUAAGUAUUAGACAACUUGUUAAAUGUAACAUCUUUCAUUGCCUUCAUUGGUAGGGGGGUUGAAUAUAAGAGUACAGAAGUCAUGCUGCAGCUAUCAAAAGCUUUAGUCACACCAUGAUUGCAGUAUUGCUUGCAGUUUUUGUCGCCCCAUUAUAGGAAGGCUGUGGAGAGGCUAGGAGAGAAUGCAGAAGAGAUUUACUAGAGUGCUGUCUCAAUUAGAGGAUAUGAAUUAUAAUGAAAGUUUGGAAAACUUGGGUUGUUCUCGCUAGAAUGUCAGAGGCUGAGAGGAGACCUGAUAGAGGCAUUUCAAAUUAGGAGUGACAUUGAUAGGGUAGACAGCCAGCACCUACCAACAGGCUAGAAGUGUCAAACAGCAAGGGACAUGAAACAAGGGAGAAGGGUUUAAAGGCAAUAUGAGGGGCAAGGUUUUUUUUAAUACAGGGUGGUAGAUCCCUGGAAUAGUUUACCAGGGUUAAUAGUGGAAGCAGGCAGCUUAUUACGAGUUUAAGCAGCUUUUAGAUAGACACAUGAAUAUGAAGGGAAAAAAAGAGGUAUGGAUGACACACAGAAUGAAGUUUAGUGUAAAAGUGGUUUCAAGAUUAGUACAAAAUCAUGGCCAAAUAGGUUGUCCAAUAUUGUACUGUUCUAUGCUCUAUAUAAUAAUGCUGUAAUUUCCCUUCAUUAUGCUUCUUGGUAGCAAAAGUACAAAGUACCUUUCUUGCUUCUUAAUUCCAAUGCAAACAGUUUCUGUUCUUAUUCUUUCAAGGACAUUCUUUCACUCAAAACAGCCUCAAAACAUCUCUGGGGACAUAACCUAUCAACCUGAUAUGUUGAUAUCCCAACAUAUCGAUGUAGCUAUAAAGAAGCCAAGACAGCAACUAGACUUCAUUACAAGUUUGAAGAGAUUUGGUAUGUCAACAAAUAUCCUCAAAAACUUCUAUAGAUGUACUGUGACGAGCAUUCUGACAGACUGCAUCACUGUCUGUAUGGGAGGGAGGAAGCUAUUGCACAGGACCGAAAGUACCUGCAGAGGGUCGUAAAUUUAGCCGGCUCCAUCUUGGGUACUGGCCUACAAAGUACCUAGGAUAUCUUCAAGGAGCAGAGUCUCAGAAAGGCAGCAUCCAUUAUUAAGGACCCCCAGCACCCAGGGCAUGCCUUUUUCUCAUUGUUACCAUAAGUUAGGAGGUACAGAAGCCUGACGGCACACACUUAGUGAUUCAGAAACAGCUUCUUCCCCUCUGCCAUCCAAUUCCUAAAUGAACAUUGAACCCGUGGACACUAACUCACUUUUUUAAUAUGUAUUAUUUCUGUUUUUGCACAAUUUUUAAUCUAUUCAAUAUUCAAUAUCUAUUCAAUACUGUAAUUUACUUAUUUAUUUUCCUCUAUAUUAUGUAUUGCAUUGAACUGCUGCUGCGAAGUUAACAAAUUCCACGACACAUGCCGAUGAUAAUAAACCCGAUUUUGAUUCUAAUACAGAGUUUUUGUUUGAGACUAGAAUGCACUGUACACUUCCAAGAGGUAUUCACACAGUCCUAAAUUCUGUCUUGCUAUCUGACAGACAGCUCUUAAAACAUAUGAUCCACAAAAAUUUCAGUCUCCCCAAGCUCUGAUGACUCCUGCUCUCUCCAAGCUAGGUCCUGUGCUUGAGCUUAAUCACAUUCCUUCACAAAGAGGUUGAAUAAUAAUGAAAUCAGGUCUGUCAAUAAUGGAAGAACAAUAUAACAAUGACCAAAGCCAAAUCCAACCAAGUUCAUCAAUUCAUUGAUGCAUUGAUAAGUAUAUGAUCCAUCCUUGGCAACCCUGUGUGAUACACUUAACUGGCAUUUUAUUAUCACCU